UUCGUUCUUACUCGUCGACCUGGCCAGUUGGAAAAAAAUCUCACAAUGGCGAGAUAACGGAGCGAAAUGGGGACCCUAUCCAUUUCAAAGAAACUAUAAUAUCCUUCCAUGUCGCCAGUAAUGCCAACGACGAGCGGUGACAUGCUGCUUUAGACACUUAGAAGCCGAGCAGAAGUGUCGAGGCGGCUGCUUUAUGGAGACUGCUGUGAUGCUACGUAGGCAACUAGGACGACGAGACCACAGCAGCGGGCAGGGGGACAUGGUCUUCUCCUUUUUAUCAUGAGAAAGUGUCCAACUAGUGUCCCGGAGGCUACUACGAAUUAACCGACACGGGUUUUAAAGAGCGCGGCUGUCGAUGAGACAGCGUGAAUAAGCGGCGAGCCAGAGUUGGGUCAAGUUUUGGGGGAAUGGCAGGUCGAAGCAGGAGAGCAUGGUUUAGUGUUCUUCUGGGGCUGGUGGUCGGGUUCACUCUGGCUUCCAGACUCAUUCUGCCCAAGGCGUCGGAGUUGAAAAAAAACGGCCAGAAACGCAACUCGAGUCCCGCCGGCUGCGGGUUAAACGGGGGUCUCAGGAAGGAGAACAGCGGGGUGUUAUGGGCACCUCAAGAUAACGUUGCACCGGUGACCCAGAACCCCGGCUCCAGAUCCAGUCAUUUCCUAUUCGUCGGUGUCAUGACCGCCCAGAAGUACCUGAAUAACCGAGCCGUCGCGGCUCAUAGGACGUGGGCCCAAUCCAUCCCUGGACGUGUGGAGUUCUUCUCCAGCGAGGGCUCCGACACCUCCAUCCCCAUCCCCAUCGUGGCCCUGAAGAACGUCGACGACUCCUACCCCCCGCAGAAGAAGUCCUUCAUGAUGCUCAAGUACAUGCACGACCACUACCUGGACAAGUACGAGUGGUUCAUGAGGGCGGACGACGACGUCUACAUCAAGAGCGAGCGGCUGGAGGGCUUCCUACGGAGCCUCAACAGCAGCGAGGCCAUCUUCCUGGGCCAGACGGGGAUGGGGGCCCGAGACGAGCUGGGCAAGCUGGCCCUGGAGCCCGGGGAGAACUUCUGCAUGGGGGGGCCCGGGGUCAUCAUGAGCCGCGAAGUUUUGCGAAGGAUGGUGCCCCACAUCCGGGAGUGCCUGCAGGAGAUGUACACCACGCACGAGGACGUGGAGGUGGGCCGCUGCGUGCGCAGGUUCGCCGGCGUGCAGUGCGUCUGGUCCUACGAGAUGCAGCAGCUGUUCUACGAGAACUACGAGCCCAACAAGAAGGGCUACAUCCGGGACCUCCACAACAGCAAGAUCCACCGUGCCAUCACGCUGCACCCCAACAAGAACCCGCCCUACCAGUACCGGCUGCACAGCUACAUGCUCAGCCGCAAGAUCGCCGACCUGCGCCACCGCACCAUCCAGCUGCACCGGGAGAUCGUUCAGAUGGGGCGCUACGGGGCGGCGGAGCCCAGCCGCGAGGACCAGCAGCUGGGCAUGCCGCCCUCCUUCAUGCGCUUCCACCCGCGGCAGCGCGAGGAGGUGCUGGAGUGGGAGUUCCUCACGGGGAAGUACCUGUACUCGUCGUCCGACAGCCAGCCGCCGCGCCGCGGCAUGGACUCGUCCCAGAGGCAGGCGCUGGAGGACAUCAUCAUGCAGGUGAUGGAGAUGAUCAACGCCAACGCCAAGACGCGCGGCCGCGUCAUCGACUUCAAGGAGAUCCAGUACGGCUACCGGCGGGUGAACCCGCUGUACGGCGCCGAGUACGUGCUGGACCUGCUGCUGCUGUACAAGAAGCACAAAGGGAAGACCAUGACGGUGCCCGUCAGGCGGCACGCCUACCUGCAGCAGACCUUCAGCCAGAUCCAGUUCAGGGAGGAGGAGGAGCUGGACGCCAGGGCGCUGGCCAGCCACAUCAACAAGGAGUCGGACUCCUUCUCCUUCCUGUCCAACUCGCUGAAGAUGCUGGUGCCCUUCAAGCUGGCCGCGUCGGGCCAGGACCCGCGGGAGACCAAGGACGAGAGGGUCAACAUCCUGGUGCCGCUGUCGGGGCGCUACGACAUCUUUGUGCGCUUCAUGGCCAACUUUGAGCGCGUGUGCCUGAUCCCCAACCAGAACGUGAAGCUGCUCAUCCUGCUGUUCAGCACGGACAACAACACAGAGCGGGUGAAGCAGGUGGAGCUGAUGAGGGAGUACCACAUGAAGUACCCGCGCACGGAGAUGGAGAUCAAGCCGGUGGCGGGCUCCUUCUCCCGGGCCCUGGCGCUGGAGGUGGGCUCGUCGCACUUCUCCAACAGCUCGCUGCUCUUCUACUGCGACGUGGACCUGCUCUUCACCGCCGACUUCCUGGGGCGCUGCCGGGGCAACACGGUGCGGGGCGAGCAGACCUACUUCCCCAUCAUCUUCAGCCAGUACGACCCCAAGGUGGUGUACGCGGGCAAGGUGGCCAACGACAACCACUACGUCUUCACCGCCAAGACGGGCCUGUGGCGGAACUACGGCUUCGGCAUCGUGUGCGUGUACAAGGGCGACCUGGUGCAGGCGGGGGGCUUCGACACCUCCAUACAGGGCUGGGGGCUGGAGGACGUGGACCUCUUUAAUAAGUUUGUCCAGUCGGGGAUCAGGCUGUUCCGGAGCACGGACACGGGCAUCGUGCACGUGCACCACCCGGUGACCUGCGACCCCAACCUGGAGGCCAAGCAGUACAAGAUGUGCCUGGGGUCGAAGGCGUCGUCGCACGGCUCCACGCAGCAGCUGGCGGAGCUGUGGCUGGAGAAGAACGACAACGGCUUCCGCCGGCUGGCCAGCAGCCCCAAUAACGGCUCCGUUAGGACAGCGUGAGAACCAGCCAGGUCCCUCCUACCGGCAGCACGGACUGGACCCUGACUGGACUGAGCUGGCCUGGGCUGGGCCCGUGAGCUCCGGCGGUCCCAGAACUCGCUCCACGUGGUGUCACACGCUUCCUAAUUUAUUCGUUCCUGAAAAAAAAAAAUGAAAGACUUCCCACGGAUAUGUUUUCUAAAAUAUGUCUUCUUUUUCAUUUGUCUUUUUCUUUUGGUUUUGUUUUUCGAGGACUCUUACGAAAGACCAAGCCACAACGAACCUUGUGACUACAAGUGUAGAAGGGGGGAUUUUCUGUAAUGAAGAGCUGAAAAGACGUUAAUCGCUACAGUACCUGAUGAGCCUGAUGCCAGGGGGACCGCGAGGGCCCCUCAGUGAGGUACCUCGGUGAGGUCCCUGGGUGAUCAAACAGAAUGUGUGCAGUCUGCCCUCCAGACGGCUGGCCAACGGGUGCUAAUAGGGGCUUGAUGACGGCAUCACUCACCCGGCACACCAUCAUUGUCAUCGUUAAGUAUUACAUUUGUCCGGUGUGAGUGAAACGGACACGUGUCCAUGAUUUCUAUGACCAGCAGUGCUCUAGAGAUAACUCUCCAUGUUGUCAAUGUUUACAAGAGAGGUUAUUACCAAUGUUUCAGUGAUGGAAAAACAAUUACAUAAGAGUACAACCCAUCAAAGUACCCCACAGAGGGUUCCAUUUGGAUAUUUUGUUGAUUUGCAAUAAUCCUUGGUUGGUUUUGUUUUAUUGGUUUGAGUAACACGGUAACAUUGUUAGCGCUAUUCCAGGUUCUGAUAGUUUCAUAUUAUCAUUCAUUUCUGUGAACCCACCUGCUGGAUCUAGGCUAGUAUUUGCAAGUCAUCCUCAGCUUUCUAAUUUAUUGAAUAUUCAGGCACCAUUCCUUGCUCUUUGACUGUUAAGUUAUGUAUAUUGGAAAGAUUGUAUAACCAUCUCAAGUUAUUUUUAUUUCUUUUGGGAUAGUUUAUUUUCCUUGUUUUUUUUGUGAACUCGUUAUCACCAAAGAGUUUUGCACAAUUUGCGCGUGUGUGUGUGUGUGUGUGUGUGUGUGUGUGUGUGUGUGUGUGUGUGUGUGUGUGUGUGUGUGUGUGUGUGUGUGUGUGUGUGUGUGUGUGUGUGUGUGUGUGUCGGGAAUGAAUGAAUGAAUGAAUGGUGCGAGUGAACCCAAGCAAGCCCUAUCCCACGCCUCCGAUCAAUCGUUCCAAUCGAUCAAUCUUUUUUUAUAUAUUUUUUUGGGAGACUGUAAAUAUGAGUCCUGAGUCACUUCCCGGGACCAGGUCAUGUGACACGAAGGCUCUCGCAGGCCAGGUCAUGUGACACGAAUGCUCUCGCGAGGGCCAGUUCAUGUCACACGCAUAUACACGCGCACACACACUCUGUGAUAUUCUCUCUCUGAUAUCUGCAUUUCUUUCAUGUUGAAAUGAAUCUGUUGUGGCUGGACCGCAGUCAAAUCAACUGUCGUUCCCUGCACUGCUCCCACCGGCCCGUCUCCGUGGCUCUGCACACGCAGCAGAGAAAGGACUCUUCUCUCCCCACCUUUGAGAUGGUUUCUAAUAAUAGAGUGGCAGGCUUGAAUGUGUUCCAUGCGUUCCCUUGGGCCCUGGUAUGUGCGAGGCCCCACAGUCUCAGCAUAUCACUCCGUUUAGUGACCGUUACCCUUCUGUAGUUCAGUCCUAACCGAUGAAUGGCUAAUUUAUAAGACAAAUGCAAUAGUAUGAAUGACUCCGCUCUCCGUUCAUAGUGUUUUUACUUUCACAGGCUUUUUAUAUUAAUUUCUGUUCUUUAACCCUGUUCAUCUGCGGGGAAGGUUUUAUAUUUAAAAAAAAUAAAACUGGGGAAAAAUGUGUAUCAAA